AUGGAAGAGAUUCGAAAGAAUAAUUCCAACAAUUCUAAUUCCAAUGACAGGACAGAUCUUGUAAACUGGAUGGUGAAAUGUUCAUGCAAUGUUGGUAGUAGCACUACUGGGAGGAAUAAUGGGCUUGAGGCUUGUACAACAAGAUCCAUUCGACAAGAGCUGAUAGAAUUGAUUUUUAAAGAAAAAGAACUUGAAAUAAAAUGUAAAGAAUUAAUUAGAGUUGGAACGUUAAAAGACUAG